AUGGCCUUGCUAGGAGAGAUCGCACUGCAGUCCAGCGAUUGGUCUGUAGAUGUCGAAUGGCUUGCGACCGUAAUUGCGAGAAGUGGCCGUGACUACUCCGAAAUAUUGCAAACCAUCAUUGACAGCGAGUUCCUCGGAAAGGUUGAUCGAUCUAAAUUUGAUAUGAUACAAGCCCGAUACCCACAGUUCAAUUUUAAGCAGAAGCCUCUAGAUCGAGAAGGAUCCUUGACAACAGAUGGCAAACUUCAACCGAACAAUAACACCUUUGGAUUCUGGCUUCCGCACGGCGUGGAUUCGGAAGAGGCGAGUUGUUUCACCAAAAGUGGACUUGGAAAUUUCUUCGACCGGUUUGACGAGGCUGAGCGCAUCUUUGAGGCUAAAGGCAUCAUAAAAGAUGAUGAUUGUAUCGAUGUCGAGCUGGAAUUCGAGGAGUCCGCCAACGAGGAACCGGAGGAUGAAUUGUCCCUGGCUGGUUUGCUGUAG